CAUGACAUUCUGCUGAAAAAUCACUGGGCUACAAAGAAGCAAGGGCUUGCCUUCCGUUGGUGGAUCGUAAUGGAGUUUAUAUCUAACCUCGGCGCUGGGGCUUUCAGGUCUGUCUCAUCAGUAGGCUCAGAGAUAUCUCGAAGAGUGAAAACUGUCUCCGCACCACCACAGAGACCUUUCCGUGUAUGUAGUCAUGACCGAUCCGUGCGCAAAGGAGUUACCGCUGGCUCCCUGCGAGAGCUCAUAGCAAAGGCUAUGGAUGCGCUCUUUCUAACAGGUAUUGUAACUUUAGUACUGGAGGAAGAUGGGACAUUAUUGGAUACAGAAGAAUACUUUGACACCCUGGAAGAUGGUUCAGUGGUCAUGGUUUUGGAAAAACAACAAAAAUGGAAUCCAAGAAAGGGCGUGUUGUCUUAUUCCUUGCAACAAGAGAAACCAAAGAACAGCCGGGAUAUUGCACGAAUCACAUUUGAUGUAUACAAGUUAAACCCCCGUGAUGUGUUUGGCAGUCUUAAUAUAAAGGCCACCUUCUAUGGCUUGUAUUCUAUGAGCUGUGACUUCCAGUUCUUAGGACCAAAGAAAGUGGUCAGGGAACUAAUGCGGCUUCUGUCAGCAGCUCUGAAUGGAAUGGGACGUCUGUUGCUUACUGCCUCAGGAGUACUAAGACGGCUGCUCGAAGGUGGAGAUCACUGGCAGAAUCGAAUCUGUGAAUAUGAAGGCUGAUAUUUUGUCCAUAUUUCAUGUCCUCUCGUUGUUGUAGAUUAUCAUUGGCUGGGUUUUCAAUGGUGGUAUUACAUACAUAAUAGGCAAUAGAGCACCCAUUGAAGUACAUUGGGACAUACUGUACCUCCAUAUUUCAUACAAAGAAAUUGUGGCAUGUUCCCAUAUGUAUGACAUUUAUCCCUCAGACAAAUUGCAUUUAGGGGUAAAUAGCAUCCUACAUAUGGCACCCGAUGAAACAUUGAACGGCAGCACAUAGAAUCCCAUACAACCUCCAUGCUUUAAAAUACUUGUCAAAAAUAUGUCCUAAUGACUUUUGGGUUUUCUUACUGCCUAUAAAAUAUAUGGAUGAAAUAUUUCCAUUAGGGUGGGUUCCUACAUAGGCUUUUAGCAGCAUUUUUUUCUCUUUUGCAGUUUUAGUGGUGAUUUUUACACCUGCAUUUUUGGGGGGAAAAAACACAGCUCUAGAUGUUAGCUGAAGGUUUAUGGGAAAUUUGAAACACAGAGCACACAAGCAUUGACACUGGUAUUUUUGUGACUUAGAAAAAAAUGCCGCUAAGGCCUAGUUCACACUUCAGUGAUUUGUUCAAUGAUUUGCAUUAGUGAUUGUGAGCCAAAACCAAGUGUGGGUCAAAAACCCAGAAGAGGUACAAAAAGCACGCAAAUUAUAGAACCUGUCCUAUUCUUGUCUGUCAAAAACACAGAAGAGGUACAAAAAACCACGCAAAUUAUAGAACCUGUCCUAUUCUUGUCUGUUUUGUGGACAAGAAUGGGCUUUUUUACAGUGGGUCCCGCAAAAAAUUACAGGAUGCACACGGACCGCAUCCGUAUUUUGUGAAGUUGCUAUUUGGUCAGGUGAAGGAAGUCGUAUUGCCCUUUCACACACAAAUUUGCUGUGUCUUUUUUUUUUCUCACCCAAAAAGUUUUUUUCCAUCCUACAUGCAGUUUUAUGGUGUCUUUUUGUGGCUCGCCUAAUUUAUGCCUCAUCAUAAAUUAGGCACAACCUCUGGCAGUAUGUGUGCCUAAACUGAAAUCUAUGCCAGCCCCUAGAUAGCGAAAAUUUUAGUCUUCUGAAAACUGGCAUAAAAGAAGAUAAAUGUGCUGGGCCACUGGCCCUACCCUCUUCUACACCUCCACUUGUGGGAAAAAAAUGCCAAGCUCUCCAGCAUGCUGUGUUUUUGAAAAGAAGGCAGAAACACUAAAAAUGUCACCUAAUUAACAAAAACAUCAGAAGCAAAAAAAACUAACAAACAAAACCAAAUGUGUGCACUGCGUUUCAUAUUUCCCAUAGAACUUCAGUUGACAUCUGGAACUGGCGUUUGUACUGCAAAAAACCCAGGUACAUAAAAUGGCACUAACAUGCAAAACUGCAGUAAAACAUCACCAAAAAUCGAUGUGUGAACCUAAUUAAAUUUUGUUGAUAUAAUGUGCAGUUUUCUUUUUAAAAGUCAGUAAUGCUGUGUUAAUGGUCUUUAAUAAAUUAUUGA